AUGACAAGUCGACUUGUCGCGCUCGCGUGGCGGUCCUUCGAUUCGCAUGUAUCAAGAGCAGCCAGACAUACAUGGGCUUCAUACAUUGGCGUGUCCAGAACGAGUCCACACAUGCGCCCAUUUUGCUCAAGCGUGUGGCGCUCUCAUGCAUCUUCCCAACACACGCCAGAGGCAAUACAACCGCGCCUGCAACUCACGUUUACAUGUACUGUACCUCAAUGUGGAACAAGAUCGACGCACGAAUUCACUAAGCAUUCAUACACCAAAGGCAUUGUGCUUGUGCAAUGUCCCGGAUGCAAGAAUCGCCACUUGAUUGCGGAUAACCUGGGUUGGUUUGCCGAAUCUAGAGGUGAGCCACGUACUGUAGAAGAAAUUGUGCGUGCUCAUGGUGGACGCGUGCGCACUGGUACAGUCUACAGCGAUGUCGAUAAUGGCGAGACCGUCGAAAUUGAAUCAGAUAGUCAUGAUGAUACUGUUCGUACUACGUAG